AUGUCCACCACCACCAACAACAACAAGGGCGGUGUCGUCGCCACCAACGGCGAGGAGGGCUCUCGCAGCCCUCCCGUCGAGGUGGUGCCGUACACCGGCCCGGCUGGUGGGGUGGCAUACACCCAGAUGACGCCACCCGAGAUGUUUUGCGAUUUCAUCGCGUACAUUCUCUUCUGCGACCAGGGUCCGAAGCUUCGGAUCCUGUGUGCCAACAUUUUGGAGGAUGGCCGAGUCAAGAACUGGACUGAGUAUUUACUCAGUCGCAAGCUAUUCAGCGACUUCGGCGCGUAUUUCGAGGCGGCGAUGCGGGGCCCCUUCCUGGAGUCCAAUGAUUAUACCAUCCACUUCGACGAUCUCGAAGUGGAAGACUUCGUCCGGCUCAACCUAUUCGUCCGGACCAAUGGAACGGCCCCGCGCAUCCAGCUCGGCCUUCGUGAGGAGCAGUUCUACAACCUUAUCAGACUCUUCAUCCUGGCCGACCGAUUUCACAUGGUCAAAGUUCUGGGCUGGCUGAGGACGGCGCUGGAUGAGCACUUCUUGGACAACGCCACCUGGAUGUCUGUCUAUGACUAUGAGGUCCUGGAGCAGAACAUCCCCGGCGCCGAGGACCGUCACCGGGCAAUGCUUCACAACUAUGGAGCCGCCUACACCCUCCUCCACUCCACCUUCCCUGAUCAUGAGGCUCCGAUGAAGGACAAGAUUCUCACCUUCGUCAACGCCAACUGCCCUGGUCCCCUCAUGACACAGCUGUACCGGGACAUUGACGUCGACUUCGCCCUCGAGCUCUUCCGUCACAUGUUCCAGCGGCGCAUCCGCCUUUAG